CGCCACCUACAGCCCGGGAGGGUGUGCGCCAUGGCGGCUUCUCGCCCGCUCCCGGUGACCCAAGGCCUGCCCACAUUGCGUGCUAAGUUGCAGGAGCUCCUGCGGUUCCUGAGGGAAGCCCUGCCCAUUUCCAGUGCACAUACGGUGGACUUCUACACGGAGUCUGUGUGGGAGAAACUGGUCGACUUGCCCCCGGAGACGGUGCUGGCGGCGCUGAGGAAGCCGGCGGCGGCCGCUGAGGCCCAACCCUCAGAGGCGCGCCCACUGAUGGAAGCCGAGAGGGGCUCAGGUAUUACUGAUUUUCCAAAAAUAUUUUGUGAAACUUCCCAGAAGCUGGUGAAUGUGGAAGCCUUUGCUCUGGCUGCGAAAUAUUAUUCUAUACAAAACUUGGGAAUAUGUACUCCUUUUGAACAGUUGCUUGUAGCCCUUCAAGGAAAUCAAAAACAGAAAACCGAUGAAAACAUGAAGCCAGAUGAGUUUAUGAAUUUGAAAAAAUCUCAUGAAGUUCAGGCAAUGUCAGAGCUCAUCAGCAGUAUUGCUGAUUACUGCGGAAUAAAGCAGAUAAUUGACCUCGGUUCUGGAAAAGGCUACCUGAGCUCCUUUUUGUCCUUGAAAUAUAAGUUAAAUGUUUAUGGAAUCGAUUCCUCAAAUACCAAUACUCACGGAGCUGAGGAGAGAAACAAGAAGUUGAAGAAACAUUGGAAAGUUUAUCAUAGGAGGUCAAAAUUAGAUGUCAAUGAAGUGGCAUUACAAAUGGCAGAAGAAAGGAAAGUGCAAGAUGAAAUUAAAUGCAAAGCAGAUAUUGAAGGAGUAUGUAACAACAGUACUACAAAUCAAGAAAAGCUGUCUACCUCAGAUUUUUUGCCAGAUUUUUCAGGCUCUGUAAUUUCCAACAUCAGGAGACAAAUGGAAAACCUACACGUUUAUUCACAUCAAGAAGAAAAUUUGUGUUUUGAAAAUACUUUUUCUCUCAGAGACCUUUUGCCUAUUAAUGCCAUAGAACCUGCUUCUUCAUGCCAAAUACCCAAGAGAAAAAUGUCUGAAGCAAAUAAAAAGAGAAGAAAAAUGAUAUCAAAGUCAAAUGAAUCAAAUAUAUAUUCACCUUUAACAUCUUUUAUCACUGCUGAUUCAGAACUACAUGAUAUUAUUAAAGAUCUGGAGGAUUGUUUGAUGGUAGGUCUACAUACUUGUGGUGAUCUUGCUCCAAAUACUCUGCGAAUAUUCACUUCCAAGUCUGAAAUCAAGGGAGUUUGCAGCGUGGGUUGUUGCUACCACCUCUUAUCUGAAGAGUUUGAAAACCCACAAAAAGAAUAUACCCAAGAAAAGUGGGGAUUUCCAAUGUGCCACUAUUUAAAGGAAGAGAGAUGGUUCUGUGGUCGUAAUGCCAGAAUGUCAGCAUGUUUGGCAUUGGAACGCGUUGCAGUUGGCCAAGGGCUGCCUUCUGAGUCCCUUUUCUAUCGUGCUGUCCUGCAGGAUAUCAUUAAAGACUGCUACAGCAUCACCAAAUGUGAUCGGCAUGUUGGUAAAAUUUACGCCAAAUCCUCUUCCUUUCUGGAUUAUGUCAAAAAGUCUCUAAAGAAGCUUGGAUUAGAUGAGUCCAAGCUGCCAGAAAAAACUAUAAUGGACUACUACGAGAAGUAUAAGCCUAGAAUGAAUGAGCUGGAGGCUUUUAAUAUGGUAAAUCUCAGAAUUAAACAUAUUAAACUAAAUAUGUUGCUAGACUUGAAUAGGAUCCUAUUAAAUUUUAUAACAGGACCAACCAAUCUGUGUUUUACCUCUUUGCAGGAUGAUAUUGCAUGGUCUGCGCUUGUGAAGUUGUUUGAUCCUGUGAAAUCUCCCAGGUGUUAUGCUAUUAUUGCGCUGAAGAAGCAGCAGUGAUUUCAGUUGAAGCAAGGUUUCCUCGCACGUGUCAUUUCCUGUGGGAGGCAUUGGCUGAUACUCUGCCCACACCUCCAGCACCACCCAAGCGAGGGGUAAGGACAUCAUCUAGGUCACUUCUGUGUGUCCUCAUGGGAGCGCAUGAGCAGUGUGUGUCGUGUGUCAGGCCUCCUUCCUCGAAGGCAGGAAUCAUGAGAAACACCCUUCAAUCUUCUGAUGUGGAGCAUUGUUCAAUCUCACAUUUAUGAAUAAGAUAAAAUAAUAUAAUACAUUAUAUAUUAUAUAUUGUGAUUAUUUUAUAUGUGAUAGAAGAUGAAAUAACACAAAGCUGGUAAUAUUUGCAAUAUUCUAAACUGAAGCAUUAAAGACAUUUUGAAUGGACCUCCUAGGGUAGAGGGACAACCUGCACAGUAGGUCUGUGGAAUCGGAACACAGAAGGUAGAGCUAAACCGUGUCUGUGCCAGGGACCCCUUUGCCAGUCUGAAAUGCCUUUGGGCCCCUUCUCAAACAAUUUUUUUACUAUGUAGUAAAAUACAUUAUAUGACAAAGGAAACCAAUCCUACUGAGGUAGUUACCAAAAGAGUUUUUUAAGAUUGUAAUUUGAUAAUACAUGUGUUUCUUUAUUAUGCAUUAAGUAACAAGGUCAAGUAGCAGUUCUAAAAACUACUAUAAUUUUGAGGUAACAAUCAGUGUAAGCAGUAUUUGAAGAUAUUAGCCACAACUGUAAUGUGACAGGAGAAGAUCUGUACCUUCUAUUGGCAAGAGUUUCAGGUACUGUCAGUACUACUGAGGUUUGUUGUCCGCAUUUAUACCUAAAGGAAACACUGAAUUUCAAUCAAAGAUGAGAAAGAAGUAAGUUUUCUCCAGGAUCCAAGAUUAUGGAUGCCCUGAAUUCUAUCUGUGAAUCCCCCUGGGUUCAGUAAACCCCCUGUCUGUGGAACACAGGAAAGCAGACCGCCUAAGAUAACUAGUAAGAAUAGCCAUUCCUCCGUCUUUGGAGGAAUGAUAUCUUCUCACAUCAGUGCAAACUUCUACCUACACUAUAUAAUAGACAACUGUUUCAGGAGUACUUAGAUUUUUGGAGGGUAUCAGUAUUCACUUUAAAGACUUACUAUAGGACAGAAGAUACAGCUCAGUGGUAGAGUGCAUGCUUAGCAUGCAGGGGGUCCUGGGUUCAAUCCAGCACCUCCAUAAAAAUAAACAAACAAACAAAUAAACCUAAUUAUCCCUCCCCCAAAACAAACAGACAAAACCCCCAAAAAUUUAAAAAAUAAAAUGAAGAUUUACUAUAAAACUAUAGAUCAAGACAAUAUGGUAUCUAUUUACAGAUAGCUACACAGAUGAAUGGAACAAACUAAUGAGUUUGGAAACAGACCCAUACAUAUUUAGUCAGUUGAUUUUUGACAAAGGUGUCAAAGCUAUUUAAUGGGGAAAAAUACUCUUUUUAACAAGUGGUGCUAACAAUUAAACAAUUAGGUAUCAAAAUGAAAGAAAAAAAAAAAGAAUCUCAACCUUUACCACAUAUCACAUACAAAAAGUUACUUGAAAUGGAUUUUAGGCCUAAAUAUGUGAGUGCAAAUUAAAAAGAAAAAUCAAAAUAAAAUGUAGGAGAAAAUAUUUAUGACCUUUGGUUAAGGAUAUGUUCCUUAGGACAUAAAAAACAUACACCCUAAGCAAAAAAUUUGACAAAUUGGUCUUCAUCAAAUUUAAAAUGUCUGCUCUUCAAAAGACACUUAAGAAAAUGAAAAGCAGAACACGGAUUGGUAAGAAAUACUUGCAGAGCACAUACCUGAUAAAAAGCUUGUAGGUAGAGUAUAAAUAGUCAGACUCAGUAAAAAGAGAGGCAAGAAAUUUACACACACUUUUCACCAAAGAAGAGAUACAAACAGCAAUGAACAAAUACAAAAAUAUUCAAUAUCAUUAAUCAUCAGGAAAAUAUGAAUUAAAAGGAGAGAACCAAUACACAUCCUUUAGAAUGGCUAAAAUUAGAAGGAUUGAUGAUACUGGCUGUUGGAGACAACGUAGAACAAUUGGAGCUCUAAAGAAGGCUGAUGGAAAUGCAAAUGAUAGCUAUUUUGGAAAAUGACUUGACAGAUUUUUAUAAAGUUAAACCUACUUACUAUAUGACCCAACAGUUCUACUCAUAGAUAUUUACCUAAGAGAAAUGAAAACAUAGGUUUGUACAGCAAAUGUUAAUAGUUGCUUUAUUCUUAGCAGCCAAAAGUCCAUCAAUAGAAAAACAGAUAAAGAUAUUGUAGUAUAUUCAUACAACAGCAUACUUCUCAGCAGCACCUAGCAAUGAACUACUGACAUCAGCAACAACAUGGAUGAAUUUCCAAAGCAUCACAGUAAAUGGCUAAGUGAAAUAAGCUAGACGCAAUAGACUACAUGCUGUGUUUAUACGACAUUCUACAAAAGUCAAAAUGGUAGAAACAGAUUGAUCACUGGUUACCAGUGGGCUACAGGUAAAGGGAGAGAUUGUCUACAAAGGGGCAUAGGGAACUUUCUAGGGUGAUGAAAAUGGCCCACAUGUUAAUUUGAGUGGUGAACACACAACUUGCAUGUUUGGCAAAAUUUAUUAAACUAUAUACUUUAAAAAGGUGAAUAUUACUGCAUGUGAGUUAUAUCUCAAUAAAACCUGACUUCUAUAAAAUUCUAGUUUUAUUGAAGAGAAAUUAUAAAGGAUAUUUUGUUGCUAGAGCUAAAUUGUCAAGUUAGAGAAUUCAACCCAAAAUGAAAGGCAUUUGUCCAUACUCUGAAUACAGAGAGGAACAGAUGUAUUGGCUCAGUGUCUUAUUGAGUGUGCUUGCUAUUUGGAAAUUGGAUUGUUUUGACAAAUUACUUGCUAGCCAGAAAAAGCAUUAAGGGAUUAUUUGUCCACUGUGAUUUCAGAUUUUUCCCUAAUGAUAAAAUCAUUUGAAACAAAAGAGGGCAGCCAAAGUAGUCUUACUCAGGGAGAUACUAUUUCAUACAUAGACAUGUCAGAAACAGCAUAAGCAAGAAAAGGAGAUUGCUUCAAUUUUUAAUUUUUUAAACUUAUUUCAAGUGUUAUAAAUAACAGCAGCAAGCAAUUUCAAUCCUAAA